ACAAAUAUUGGGUGAUCAAUAUCUAUAUUGGAUCUAUGUAAAGGUGCUUAGUUCUUUUUUUUUACAGUGGUUUCCUAUACUAGGGGCAUUAAUCCAUCAUUAUCUUCUAAUGAUCUCAAAUCUAGAUGUAGAGGGCAGAGAAAUGGUUAAGUAACAUUCAUGAACUAUCAUAAUGAAGGUGUUCUUGCUCCAGUGGCUUGGAACCCGCAGGAGAGGGGCUGAUGGGUGUGUUUGGGAGGGGGGUGAUGAGAUAGCAUACGGAUAAGCUUACACAUAUUGGAACAUCCUCAGGUCACAUUACCAUGGCGUGACCUACAGGAUAAGUGAAGAGCAUCCUUGACAAGAAACCCCUGUUCAUCAACAAUUGCAUCUGAUUAAUGAGCAAAAACAAUUUGCUAUUUUUAAUACAUUCUCUAUAACCCAUAAACGUCACCUCUGUAUGGUCUUUUAAGUUUUUAUUCUUUUACAAGAGCUUUUAAAAGGAAAAAAACGAGGAUAAAUAACAUAGACGAAUAACUGACAUUGGAUAAAAUGGGAGAACACACAGAAAGAAAAACACCAAUGAUUGCAGCUAAAGAAACAGGUCCCGGUCCAGGUCGUUACAACCUGCCGCCAACUGUAGGGUUUGUAGGUCAUGAUUAUACAAAACAUUCCAACCCAGCUUAUUCUUUCCACGGACGGCCAAGCCAUUCUGCUCAUGUAAAUGAUUCCAGCCCGGGACCUCGCUAUUAUGUGGAGCCAUGCUUGACACGCUUUGGUAGAAGUGCUGGACCUGCUUACUCCAUUCAGGCUCGAGGAAAAUCAGCUGAUAAUAAGGAAGCUGUACCUGGUCCUGGAGUUUACAGGCCUGAGAAAUGUAUCAUUCCAACCCAUCGCAAACCCCCCUCAUACUCCAUGGGCUCCAGAACCCGUUACAGAACAGUUGAUCAGGUUCCAGCACCUAAUACAUAUUCUCUGCCUCCAGUUCUGGGUCCAAGAGUUUCAGGGAAAGCUUCUGCCCCAGCUUUUACUGUGUCUGGCCGGACACGUCACGGAGGGCAUUCUGAAGAUUUGGCUUUUACCCCAGGCCCAGCUCACUAUCAUCAAAUAGAUAACAAUACCUUUAUGAAGAAAGGUCCAGCUUAUUCCAUGCUUGGACGACAUCAAGUUUCAAAAACACCAUUUACUACCCCAGGUCCUGGAGCCUAUAGUCCUGAAAAGGGCGCAAACAACAAAAAACGAGCACCUGUGUUCUCAAUGGGUGUUAGGCACUCUGAGUAUACCACACCUCUCAUCAUAGAAGUGUCUAACUGAUCCUUCCCCAUUCAAUAACUACUUUGAAACAGAGAAUUUUCUUAAAUUUGUCCAAAGCUAACUGCACAAUAAAAAAGAUGAAUAUAGUAAACACAA